GUGGCCGGAUCCCAAGUGCAGGCAAAGCGUACGUCCGUCUGCCCGUCGGUCCGCCAGUCCGCGGGUUUGCCAACUCGGUACCCCGCGCGCCCGGGCCAUAAUCGCGGUCCCGCGGUCUAAUUGGCCCGAACGGCGGCCAAGGCGUUCGCCAUGGCGACGUUCAUCUCGGUACAACUGAAAAAAACCUCGGAGGUGGACCUGGCCAAGCCGCUGGUGAAGUUCAUCCAGCAGACAUAUCCCAGCGGUGGGGAGGAACAGGCCCAGUACUGCCGUGCGGCCGAGGAACUCAGCAAGCUGCGACGGGCCGCGCUCGGCCGCCCGCUGGAUAAGCAUGAAGGCGCGCUCGAGACGCUUCUGAGAUAUUAUGAUCAGAUCUGUUCCAUUGAACCUAAAUUUCCAUUUUCUGAAAAUCAGAUCUGCUUGACAUUUACCUGGAAGGAUGCUUUUGAUAAAGGUUCACUUUUUGGAGGAUCUGUAAAAUUAGCUCUUGCAAGCUUAGGAUAUGAAAAGAGUUGUGUGUUGUUCAAUUGUGCAGCCUUAGCUAGCCAGAUUGCAGCAGAACAGAACCUGGAUAAUGAUGAAGGAUUGAAAAUCGCUGCUAAGCAUUACCAGUUUGCAAGUGGUGCCUUUUUACAUAUUAAAGAGACGGUUUUAUCUGCCUUAAAUCGAGAGCCUACUGUGGACAUUUCUCCAGAUACUGUUGGGACUCUCAGUCUUAUUAUGCUGGCACAGGCCCAAGAAGUAUUUUUUUUAAAGGCCACAAGAGAUAAAAUGAAAGAUGCCAUCAUAGCUAAAUUGGCUAAUCAAGCUGCUGAUUAUUUUGGUGAUGCUUUCAAACAGUGUCAGUACAAAGAUACUCUCCCCAAGUAUUUUUAUUUCCAGGAGGUGUUCCCUGUCUUGGCUGCAAAGCACUGUAUCAUGCAGGCCAAUGCUGAGUACCACCAGUCAAUCCUGGCAAAACAGCAAAAGAAAUUUGGAGAAGAGAUUGCAAGAUUACAGCAUGCAGCAGAAUUGAUUAAAACAGUGGCAUCUCGAUAUGAUGAAUAUGUCAAUGUGAAAGAUUUUUCUGACAAGAUCAACCGUGCCCUCACUGCAGCAAAGAAAGAUAAUGACUUCAUUUAUCAUGAUCGAGUACCAGAUCUUAAAGAUCUGGAUCCUAUUGGCAAAGCCACACUUGUGAAGUCUACCCCAGUCAAUGUACCCAUCAGCCAGAAAUUUACUGAUCUGUUUGAGAAGAUGGUUCCUGUGUCAGUGCAGCAGGCUUUGUCUGCCUAUAAUCAGAGGAAAGCUGACUUAGUUAACAGAUCAAUUGCUCAAAUGAGGGAAGCCACCACUUUGGCAAAUGGGGUGUUAGCUUCCCUUAAUCUUCCAGCAGCAAUUGAAGAUAUAUCUGGAGAUACUGUCCCUCAGUCUAUAUUGACUAAGUCCAACUCUGUGAUUGAACGAGGAGGCAUCCAGACUGUUGAUCAGUUGAUCAAAGAAUUACCUGAAUUACUACAAAGAAAUAGGGAGAUCUUAGAUGAGUCAUUAAGAAUGUUGGAUGAAGAAGAAGCCACUGACAACGAUUUAAGAACAAAAUUCAAGGAACGCUGGCAAAGGACACCAUCUAAUGAACUCUAUAAGCCUUUAAGAGCAGAGGGAACCAACUUCAGAGCAGUUUUGGACAGAGCUGUGCAAGCAGAUGGACAUGUGAAAGAACGUUACCAGUCUCAUCGGGACACCAUUGCCCUUAUGUGUAAGCCAGAACCUGAACUGAAUGCCGCUAUCCCUUCUGCUAACCCAGCAAAGACCAUGCAAGGCAGUGAGGUUGUAAAUGUCUUAAAAUCCUUAUUAACAAAUCUUGAUGAAAUAAAGAAGGAAAGAGAGGGUCUGGAAAAUGAUCUAAAAGCAGUGAAUUUUGACAUGACAAGCAAAUUUUUGACUGCUCUGGCUCAAGAUGGUGUGAUCAAUGAAGAAACACUUUCUGUUACUGAACUAGAUCGAAUCUAUGGAGGUCUUACGAAUAAAGUCCAGGAAUCUCUAAAGAAGCAGGAAGAACUUCUUAAAAAUAUUCAGGUCUCACACCAGGAAUUUUCUAAAAUGAAGCAGUGUAACAAUGAAGCAAAUUUAAGAGAAGAAGUUCUGAAGAAUUUAGCUACUGCAUAUGACAACUUUGUUGAACUUCUAGACAAUUUGAAGGAGGGCACAAAGUUUUACAAUGACCUGACUGAACUCCUGUUAAGAUUCCAGAACAAAUGCAGUGAUAUAGUGUUUGCACGGAAGACCGAAAGAGAUGAACUCUUAAAGGACUUGCAACAAAGCAUUGCCAGAGAACCUAGUGCUCCUUCAAUUCCUACACCUGCCUACCAGUCCUCUCCAGCGGGGGGACAUUCACCAACUCCUCCAACUCCAGCACCAAGAACCGUGCCGCCUAAGCCCCAGCCCCCAGCUCGGCCUCCACCUCCUGUGCUUCCAGCAAAUCGAGCUCCUUCUGCUACUGCUUCAGCUCCAGUGGGUACUAUGACUGCUGUACCAGCUCCAUCACCAACGCCUGGUUCAGCUCCCCUUCCUCAGGCCCAGGGACCCCCCUACCCCACCUAUCCAGGAUAUCCCGGGUAUUGCCAAAUGCCCAUGCCCAUGGGCUAUAAUCCUUAUGCAUAUGGCCAGUAUAAUAUGCCAUAUCCACCAGUGUAUCAUCAGAACCCAGGACAGGCUCCAUAUCCAGGACCCCAGCAGCCUUCAUACCCUUUCCCUCAGCCCCCCCAGCAGUCUUACUAUCCGCAGCAGUAAUACACAGCAGUAAUAUGUCAGCUCAGAAGCUCAGCUGGUUCAGUUCAAAGGGAAAGAAAUACCAACCCUGCAAUAAGUGUACUAAACUCUACGUUCUGGUUAAUAUAAUGCACUCUACUGUACUGAAUGCAGUGUAUAAUUUCGGUCUGCAGCUAAAAGCUGUGCCCCGUUUCCACAUUUGAUUGCACAUGUGAGAUUUACUGCUGUUGCAGUACAGACAUUAGGUAUAAUAGGAUUUGAAAUAAAUUCCAUUACAGUUCACAAAAGCUGAAAAUGAGAAAUUAAACCCACAACUGAAAUGUUUGAAAUGAUUAUACUUACGUCAACACAAGAUGUGAUUGGGACAUCAGAUACUUACAAUGGUGGCUUAAGUACUAAGAUUCAAGAACACUAGUUUUCUUUCUGUUUUGGUUUAUUCAUUUGGUUUAAUUUCCAUUUGCUAUUUUGCUUAAUCAAAGCAUUGUAAAUCUUAUAAUUUAAAAAUAAAUUACUUAAGAACAGUUGUCAUUGUUAUGUUUUGUCAUUGAUUCUCAUUACUGUCUAAUUUCUUUCUGAUUAGUCUCAUUUUAUUUGUACGUAAGUUAAACCGUGUGUUUAAGUGCAUGAUUAAUACAAGUUAACAAUCAGGUUCAAGAAUGUUUUAUAGGAAAACCAAAAGAGUACUAUAAUUUAUCUUUCCUAUGUUGAUUAGUAAGUUAAUUUUGACAGUUUAUUUUGAAAAGUCCUAUAAUGUGGAAGAAACACAAUUGCUACCAAAGAUUCUUCAAAUAAAUAUACAAAUAUGUAUGUUUAAUGUUUUAUUAUUAGCUUCUCCAAGAAAUUGAUAGACAUUCUGGUGGUAAUAUCUUCCCCUUUUUUUUUUUUUAAUAACUUGGUUAAAAUAAAUUUAUGUCAUUGGCAAUACUGUCUAUUGUAAUGGAAUUGUUUAAAGAAAAUUUAAUGUACCUUUCUAUUCCUUUCUCCCACCUUAUUGUCUUAAUAUCAUCUAAUGCACAAUGUAUAUGAGUAGAAAUAAGCCCUUUCAUGUUUAUGCUCCUAAAAGAUUGGACCAUUUUAUAAUUCAGGGAGCACAUAAAAGAUUUGUGGGGAGCAUAUGCCAAUUCUGGAAUAGGUUGUGUAUUUAACAUUAAUCUCUGCUGUUAGACUAAUCACUGUAUAAACUUAAGUAAAAAUAGUGAGCCAUGUGUCAUGGAAUGAGAAAAUGAGAAAGGAAUGAGUUGUCUGGAAGCACUCUUGGAUCUGUUCUGUGUGAGGUUUGUUUCUGAACACAUUAAGCAUAUGAGCAGAUUUCCAUUGACUGUUUGUUUUCUUAAGUUUUGAUGCUGACUGUUUUUCAUUAUUGUUUCAUUUAAAUUAUUCUGUCACUUGGUCCAUUGUUGUUUUCAUUGAUAGUUUGGGUUUAUAUUUUAAAUGUUGGACUGAGGUGUGAUUGUAAAAGGGAGUGGGUUGGUUUAAAAAAAUAUGUAUAUUUAAAAAAAAUCUUUGUUGUAUGUAGAAAAUACAAAGGCAUGUUACUCCGAUACAAAUAAUUUUACAUGGAAUUGAAAUUGGUUUAAAGUCCAGUAGUUAAAACUUUGGCAAAAAGGUUUUACAUAUCAUUGCCAACUUUUAUUAUGGAAUCAUCAAAAUAUGUUACGGGCUUGUUUGAUGUGUUAAUGGCAUCUAAGUUAACUUUUCCAUAUUGCUAAAGGUUUCGUAUGAUGACCUAAUAAUACUCAGUGAGAGUUGGGGUAUUUCAAAUUGUUAGUUUAUAAUUCUUCCCAAUGCAGAGAAAACAAAAAAAUUGGCCUGAAUAUUCUCUUUGGGAAAGACAGCACUAAAGAAAAGAGUGAGUGCGUUAGAGGGCCAAAAGAGAAGUUUUAAGGCCAUUUAGCCUGUUCUCUGUGGUAGGCUAGGCCUGCUCCGAGAACCACAGGAAGGUUUUUCAGAAAUGGUAGGAAAAAAGGCUCCACAGCCCCUGUGGCAAAUUCUUCCAGCAUACCAGACUUGUUUGGCUCUGUUAGCAAAACCUUUUUUCUGCAGCAAACCAAGCCCAUUCCCUCCUGCUAGUUCACUCAUAGUUUAGCUGAUUGAGUGUGCUUUCUUUAGGUCACCUUUGUCUGGAUACAGAUAGACAACUCUUGCAACCCGUCUUUGUUGGGUCUGUGCAAACCUGUCUAGUUUCAUUAAGGUGGCUCUUAGAAGUUUCUCCUCUCUGAUUUGCAAGGGAAGCCUUCAUUGAGAAGACUUUGUGACCGAACUUUUUAAUCCUUUGCUUAGUUUUCUAUAUUCCACAAAAUAUUCCAAAAUGUAGUUGUGGUUAAUGCUGUCUAUUUAAAGGUAAAGUGUCAUUCUUGUUCAGGCAUGUUGUACCUAUGUUUACAUUAGACUUUUUGAUCAUCUCAAAACUACAGAAAGGAGACCAUUCACAGAUCAUUUGUGUUGGGCUUUGGAAUACUAUCAGUACUUUUAAGUGAUAAGGAAGCUCUGCUUAGAGGAACUAGUCAUAAGUGGGGAAAAAAAUUCUGAUUUCUUAUCCUUAGCUGGAGACAGAUGGCCUGACUUUUUAGUCUGGUGUAAAGUGCUGGGUUCCUAAGUCUCUUGGUCUUUAUUCUUAAUUAAGAAAAAUGUCACUGCAAACCAGUCAAUAUUUGUGAGACAUCUGUCAACCAACACCCCAACUUCUUUGCAACUUAUACUCUCCUUCUCAAAUUUGUUACAGAAAACAAGAUUUCACGGAGCCUUCUGUCCCUUACAUUUUGUCCUAGUCAGCAGACUUUCUAGUCAAAACAUUAAAAAAAAUGUCCACUUAGAGGCUUUACAGUUUGCAAAAGUGCUUUGUACAUAUUUUUUAAAUUUCAUAAACACAAUAAGAUGCAAUUUGUUAACAUUGGUUUCAGUUUGCUACUGGUAGCUUUUUUUCUUUUUAAUUAGUAAAUCUUGAAGAAUCUUGCUCCAAUCUACUGGGAUCUCAUUUUUAAAAACAGUUCUGCAAUUAUUAGUUGAUUUAAAGUACAGUAUGGGAUACAAAGUAGGAAAAAAUGGUAGUGUUAAAAUUACUAGUUUAAAAAUACACUUUAGAAAUAAAUGGUUGAUUAUAAGAUUUACAUGGAAGAGCAAAGAAGGAAAAUUAUAUUUUUAAAGAAAAAGAGAAUAUUCAGGCUUUAUUUCUGGUAUGAAGUUUAUAUUUUUUAAAAAAUCCUAUAUUAUCACACCAGAGAUUUUAGAUUCUUUUCUGGUUACAAACAUUGCUGGUAGUUGGAUUAUAUUUUUAUUGUAUUCAUUUCUCUUAGGGGGAAAAUUGUAAAGAAAACUAAAAGGUUACAGAUGAAUGUAUCCUAGAAAUAAAAGUUGAAAGAUUCUUACUUC